UUUUGGAGGAAGUGAACAGAUCUCGGCUAGCAGAUAGCGCGUUAGCUCGACAGGAAAGGCGAGCGUCAACGGUAACGGGGCGAAACAGACCAUUGUACCAAGUGGCCUCCGUUAGACGAACAGCGAUAGACAUCGGCGCCCGCAGUGUUGAGUUGGACACAUCGAGGUAGCUGCGAAGCUAACUGUCGGAGGUUGCUUCGCUGUCGACUUUUUAAAACGUCUUGUUUUCGCACAGGAGCCGUUAGCCUGUUAGCUAGCCUGUUCGCUAGCCGACGUUUCAACCAGAAGAAAAGUCCAGUUUUGAUUUUUGAUUUUUGAUUUUUUUUUUACCCCAGGAUCCUCGCCCAGCUGUGGCACAAUGACAUCAAGGAAGAAAGUACUACUCAAAGUCAUCAUCCUCGGAGACUCUGGAGUUGGGAAGACCUCAUUGAUGAACCAGUAUGUGAAUAAGAAGUUCAGUAACCAGUACAAAGCCACAAUAGGCGCUGAUUUCCUGACGAAAGAAGUCAUGGUGGAUGACAGACUUGUCACGAUGCAGAUUUGGGACACGGCGGGUCAGGAGAGAUUCCAGUCCUUAGGCGUGGCGUUCUACCGUGGAGCAGAUUGCUGCGUCCUGGUGUUUGACGUGACGGCACCCAACACCUUCAAGACUCUCGACAGCUGGAGGGACGAGUUCUUGAUCCAGGCCAGUCCUCGAGACCCGGAGAAUUUCCCCUUUGUGGUGCUGGGCAACAAGAUAGACUUGGAGAACAGACAGGUGACAACCAAGCGAGCACAGGCUUGGUGCCAAAGCAAGAACAACAUUCCAUAUUUCGAAACCAGCGCCAAGGAGGCGAUCAAUGUGGAGCAGGCCUUCCAGACUAUCGCACGCAACGCCCUCAAACAGGAGACCGAAGUGGAGUUGUACAACGAGUUUCCCGAGCCGAUAAAGCUGGACAGGAACGAGCGAGCCAAGCCGUCAGCGGAGACCUGCAGCUGCUGAGGGCUCUGAAGAUCUUUGGAGGGGUGUUGGGGGGCUGUCUCUGCCCUCACUAACCUUUCCUGCCUUGUCUAUAUAUCCCUUAUCCCAUGGCCCACUGUGUUAAUCCUGAAAGCCCAACAUACAAGCAGCACCCCACUCAUCCGAGUACUACAAACUAAUGUGCUGCACUCACCUUCUUAUGUAUCCAAAACACACAUUUUCUAUCAAAUAUGAGUCUCCUAGCCCAAAGAGCAUCUUAAAGAAAAAUAUUAUGGAAUUCACUCGUACGAUGCUUAUUUCCUUCCCAGUGUUUCCGCACAUACUUUUUCAUGACGGUGGUGGUUUGGACUAACCUGGUUUUUGGUUCCAUAUAGAUCACUGUUUUCAUGCUCAGUUUUGGUUCCAACUCCUUUUUUUUUAUUUGGUAAAUAGAAACAUUAUAUCUUCAUGUUUGUGUUGAGAGGAAACGUGCCCCCCCGCCCCCCCCCCUCAUUUGUGUUGUGGCUUAAAUUUGUUAUUAUCAAAAACAGUCGUGGCCAUGGUUUCACUUUACCUCAUACAGUCUAUAAAAAAUUUUUAAAAAAGAACUCAGCUGAAGUAGUAAAGGAUCAGAAAUGUGAAUUUGCAUGUGGGUCACAAUCAUGUGCUGCCUGCUGAUUCUCAUUGAUUGGCACAUAAUCGAAAAAAUCCCAUUUGGUGACAGGUUUUAUUUUUUAUUUUUUUGCACUUUGCUGUCAGCCACAAAUACUUACGACUCUCUUAAGAAUCUCACUUUGGAGCUGCAAUAAAUGCUAUUGUAGCUCAGGUUGAGGACAUAGUUAUUCCAGACUUGGCUCCUUGAUGUAAGUGCUGUCCCUCUAUUGGGAAAAUGAGGGUUCAUCUCGUAAUCAGUUAUUCUUGGUACAACAUCUGCCGUGGGAAUGAACCAAACGACGAUAGCAUGUCAUUCUACCCGAUAGCCCCGGAGGAGAUAUUUUUCUCAAGUAUAAAUAUAAUAAUAACGGAGUACUAUUAGUUAGUAGAUUUGUUUUUACUGUCAAACUAUUGCAAGACUUUGUAUAUUUGCAAACCUCUCAAUCACUGUGUGGGGAAGGCAAAAAGUUGUGUUGUAAAUCUCCAUAUCCGAUUUUGCCAGUUGCUCAUGUUGGCAAACAAUUUAAGUGCUUGACAUUUCUUUUAACCGAUCAGAUCUUUAACUGUCUGUUCGUAUUAUGUUAAAACUUUGAAAUGCAUUAUAGAUUACAAGAUAGCAUACAUAUUGUAACUUUUGAAAGAAGAAAAAAAAGAAGUCUGGGGAAGUAUUGGCAUUCAUCAUUAUUAUAUCAUUAAUAUGAUAAAUGCAUAGCAUCUACAUUGUUUCGAAAUGUCUUCGCGUUUCAAGUAAUAAGGGUAAUAAAAAAUGUUGAUUAAA